AUGACCAGCUCAGUUGGACAGAAAAAAGUCUCUUCAAGACAAAGGAAGUGUGGUUUUUGUAGAUCUAAUAAAGAUAAUGAAUGUGGACAAUUAUUGAUGUCAGAAAACCAGAAGGUGGCAGCACAUCACAAGUGUAUGCUGUUCUCAUCUGCACUGGUAUCUUCACACACUGAUAAUGAGAGUCUUGGUGGAUUCUCUAUUGAAGAUAUUCAGAAAGAAAUAAAGAGAGGCACUAAACUGAUGUGCUCUUUAUGCCAUUGUCCUGGGGCGACCAUUGGCUGUGAUGUGAAAACAUGUCACAAGACAUAUCACUACUACUGUGCUUUGCAUGAUAAAGCUCAGAUAAGAGAGAAACCUUCACAAGGCAUUUACAUGAUUUUAUGUCGAAAACACAAGAAAACUACGCAUAACUCUGAAGCAGAUUUAGAAGAAAGUAUCAAUGAACACGAGUUGGAGCCUUCACCUCCCAAAGGAAAGAGGAGGGGUCGUAAGGGAAAGCCAAGAAAAACAAAUUUAAAAGGGCAAUCAGAAGACACUAGAUCUACGUCCUCACAUGGCACAGAUGAAAUAGAAAGCAGUUCCUAUAGAGACAGGUCUCCCCACAGAAGCAGCCCCAGUGAUACAAAACCUAAAUGUGGAUUCUGUCAUGCAGGUGAAGAAGAAAAUGAAGCUAGAGGAAAGCUUCAUAUAUUUAAUGCCAAAAAGGCUGCAGCACACUAUAAGUGCAUGUUGUUCUCUUCUGGCACUGUCCAGUUAACAACAACUUCAAGGGCAGAAUUUGGUGAUUUUGAUAUCAAAACUGUACUUCAAGAAAUCAAGAGAGGAAAAAGAAUGAAAUGCACACUUUGCAGCCAGCCUGGUGCUACUAUUGGGUGUGAAAUUAAAGCCUGCAUAAAAACAUACCAUUACCACUGUGGAGUAGAAGACAAAGCUAAAUACAUUGAGAAUAUGUCACGGGGAAUUUAUAAACUCUAUUGUAAAAACCAUAGUGGAAAUGAUGAAAGAGACGAAGAGGAUGAAGAAAGAGAAAGUAAAAGCCGUGGCAAAUCAGGCACUGACCAUAAUGACAUUCCUCAGCAGCAGCUCAAUGGAAACUAGGUUCAAGGGACAGAGUUAUAGAACUGGGAAUGGCUAAGACAUCAUAACUACUAAUACUUUUAAAUUGUUUUCUAAAAUCAGAAAAGGGUUAGUAACUUUUUACUACCCAGCUCUGUUAGAAAUUUCAUUGAACUGCCUGAAACGUUCAUGUGUGUGAGCCUUCAGUAAGUGGCAGAGUUUUACAUGUCAAUAUUAUGUAGUUUGUAGUCUGCAGUGUCUGGAAAAAAAAUGAAACACUAUAUAAAUGAUAUGUAAUAUGUACAGUGUCAAAAGUUAAGGCAGACAUUGAAAUGAAGUAAGAUCUAUAUUUCUGGACUGAAUAAAAACCUUAAGAUUUGGAAUGUGUAAGUUGUUUAGUGGAUUCAUGCAACGAGGGAAGGUCUUAGCUAGUUUAAUUAAUGGCAUGGACAAGCUCGUGGCGGCAGCCAGCUGGUGCUGUGUGACUUUGCUGCGGAGGCUGCCGGAGGGAGAGGCGGGGGGGAGAGCCGCCGCUGGGCUGGCUGGCGGAGCGCACGGCAGAGGGACUGGUGCCGCCGGAGCAGGCGGGAGCUCUGCAGCUCUUCCCGUGGCCUCGCUCCUUCCGCCCGGCAUCGCUUGCGGGAGAUUACUUGAGCAGCUGUUGGUUCUGAGCUGUGAGCUUUAGAACUCAUGCCAAAGGGCUGUAGUUCAUUCUUUCCCCAACGACCCACCUCUUUCUGUGUCCCUGAUCUGCAGAGAACACUUCAGCAAGUGUGAUUAAAACCUUACUA